AUGAUGAAGGGAACCGAGACACAAAGCCUGAUGUCAGCUGCUGACCCAGGGCGUGUGCAGCCAGCGGACUUCCUGAAAGACUUGGACUGGGCCAAGUUUGAAGCAGCUGCUGUGCCAUUGGCAAGGAAGUACAACCCACCGCAGCUGAUCACCAGCUGCACGGGCUUUGGCGCUCGUGUCUCCAUGUGCUGGAACUCCUUGUUUACCCAUCGCGCACCUAUCUGUGCUCAGCCUGUGAUUCCAUGCUGUUGUGCAAAGUUUAUGCAGAACAGCGUCUCAGAGCUGGCACAGGUGAAGCUUUCCGAACCAGACGACUGGUUUAAGAAGAUGCUCAGCGUUGAGCACCCGAAUACCCCAGAAAUCCUGAAAGGACUCUUUUGGAUGGAGGACAACUAUGCCCCGGAAGUGUUGUUGACAUUUCAGGAUAUGGACUGGGUAACGGGAGAGCAAGGAUAUUUUCAGCCUAAAUACAGUUGGACGAACGAUCCAAGCUGCAUUGGAACAGUUUGCUUGUGCAGUAAUUACCAAAGCACGUGGAGGUCUGCUUGGCCAUUCAAGUUCUCACCAAACGGCAAGUGGAUCAACAUCAAUCCGCAAUGGAUCUACAUACCCGACGAGGGCGAGAAGAUCACGCGGCCAGAUGGCUCUGUUGUCGAGAUGGCGCAAGGGGACAUGAUUCGGGUGAGCUUUGUCGUGGCCAAUGAUCCAACAUCAGGAAUGAACUAUCAGUACAUCAUACGCCGCGUGGCUUACAUGAAGGAUGGGAAGCUCAUCAAGACAAAGGCCUAUGAUGAACUGCGUCGGAGGGCAACAAUGGAACCUACAAUUGGUGGCUGUUGCGGCUACUACAAUUGUUCGGCUGUGGGGGCAAACUACAUUUUCGACGCCUACGAACCAUUGUCAGAUGAUCAGGUGCUCCUGUUCCCUCCGCCGCUGGAAGUCAUGUGGCCGGGAUCUGUGAUCCCCGAUACCAAAACCAGCUGA